CAGCUCCACACUAGCAAAUGCUUACUAUGCUGAGCAGGCGGACAUGUGUGUACGUUGUGUAUCCCCUCCAUCAUCGAUGCGUGCUGACAGUGGGCUCACCUGCACUCACCUGUGGAAUUGCUAGAAAAAAAAUGCACAUUUCCCGACCAGACGUCAACCGGUACAGUUGAUCGGUUAACCGAAAGCCAAAUCGUUGUCGCGUCGAACAAAAACUAUUUUGCCAACUGCCGGAUCAGUUUGUUUCUAUUUUCCUACAAUAAUCUUACCAGCGCGUCAUCAUGCGAGCGGAAGGCACUUUACGUCGAUUCUGGACAGCCCUGACGCGGAAGAAACAGAAUGAAGACGAUGGUUCCGAGUCGAAGUUGGCCCGCGUCCUAACGCUGCUCGAUCUGACCGGGCUCGGUGUGGGCAGUACGCUCGGGCUGGGUGUAUACGUUCUGGCCGGUUCGGUGGCACGCGAACAGGCCGGUCCGGCUGUGGUUGUUUCGUUCCUGGUUGCUGCCAUCGCUUCCGCCAUUGCCGCCCUAUGCUAUGCCGAGUUUGCCGCACGUGUACCGAAGGCUGGAUCCGCCUACGUCUACAGUUACGUGAGCAUUGGCGAGUUUACCGCAUUCACGAUCGGUUGGAAUCUGAUCUUGGAGUACGUGAUCGGCACGUCCAGUGUGGCCCGUGGCAUGAGCGGCUACAUUGACUCGCUGGUUGACAACAAGAUUAGUAAAGCGAUGCGCGAAGCAAUGCCGAUGGACGUCGACUUCCUAUCCGACUAUCCGGACUUUUUCUCGUUCAUCGUGGUGUUAAUUUUGGCCGGUCUACUAGCGUACGGUGUAAAGGAAUCGACACUGAUGAACAACAUCUUUACCGGCGUGAAUCUGAUCGUGAUCGGAAUUGUGCUUGUGGCCGGUGGCAUCAACUGUGAUCCCGACAAUUGGACGAUCGAUCCCAAAGAUAUACCGCCGGGAUAUAAUGCUGGAGCGGGUGGAUUUGCACCGUUCGGAUUUGCCGGCAUAAUGGCUGGUGCUGCGAAAUGUUUCUACGGGUUCGUCGGGUUUGACUGUAUCGCUACGACCGGCGAGGAAGCGAAGAACCCGGAACGCAACAUUCCACUCGCGAUCGUGAUCUCCCUCAUCAUCAUUUUCCUCGCGUACUUUGGCAUCUCGACGGUGCUGACGAUGGCUCUUCCGUACUAUCUGCAAGAUCCGGAAGCACCCUUUCCACAUCUGUUCGAAUCGAUUGAAUGGUACGCGAUAAAGUGGAUCGUAUCGAUUGGUGCGAUUUUCGCCCUCUGCACCAGCUUGCUCGGUGCAAUGUUUCCGCUUCCUCGCGUCCUGUAUGCCAUGUCGUCGGAUGGAAUAAUCUACAAGAAGCUGCAGACGGUACACCCAAAAACGCAAACACCCGUACUGGCGACGCUACUGUCCGGUCUACUGGCAGCUAUUAUGGCGGCCCUGUUCAAUCUACAGCAGCUGAUCGAUAUGAUGUCCAUCGGUACGUUGCUGGCCUACACGAUCGUCGCCGUCAGUGUGCUGGUUUUGCGCUAUCAGACGGAGGAACUGCUCACUAGCACAGAAUUAAGUGUGACUAUGCCGGAAGUGAUCCGACAGCUAGUGAAUCGAGAUCGUCUUUCAGAACCAACGCAGCUGUCAUCGGCGGUGGUUAAGUUUAGUGUUUGUAUUUUUGCCGUGUUUGUCUGCGGUGCUUGCGGUAUUCUAGUUCCGGCCGAGGACUACAUCAACACUGACUAUCCAGGCGUUAUCGCUGCACUUGCGGUGCUCGUUGCCGUUCUCGUUGCACUGUUCAUUAUCAUUCUCAUGCAACCAACGGACAGCAUUAAGCUUACGUUCAAAGUUCCACUGGUGCCACUGUUACCACUGAUCAGUGUGUUCUUCAAUCUGUACCUCAUGUUCCAGCUCGACUCCGGUACCUGGAUUCGUUUCGCCGUUUGGAUUGCAAUCGGAUACUUCAUUUACUUCAGCUACGGCAUCCGUCACUCGAUAGAGGGUGAACGAUUGCUUACAAAGGCUGAGCUGGCCGCAUCGAAGGCAAACGGUAUCGACAAUACCGGCUACGAUGGUGCCUCGGAUGCGACGGAACGCAAGAAUUCCAACCAAUUUCAAGGCGCACCAACGUACGCAAUAGCGAACGAAUCGAUGUAGGUGCUGCGAUCGUUUCAAACGCUGCCUUUCCUCCAUAGACUCUGGACGGUCGACUCGAUGUUUGGGAUUUUGGGUCAGCAUUAUGCGGACAGCAGCAUAAUUCCCGGACGAACGUCGCUGUCCAUUCAGUAUAAGAAGUAGCUAAGUACAAAACGAACGGAGAGCAUGUAAAACAAAACAAACUACCUAGUGCGUACAGGGCAGGAUGAAAAAUUCCGCACUUAAAGUGAUUGUGAUAAUUAUUGCAUACUAGUGGUUUAAGGUUCGAAAUAGAAACGUUUAAAAAACCAUCACCACCGUUUGUUUUUGCAA